GCAGGCGCUGGGUCCACCCCUGUACCCAUGGGGCUGGAGAGAAUUAGGUGCUCGGUUCCCGCGCCUCAGGCACUGGAGAAAGCGGGCGGGAGGGGAGCACAACCAGGACGUGUUACACACGAGGCUCUGCGAGGCACGUGACCUCCGCGAAGGUGGGCUCCGCCUCCGCGCAGAAAUGUCUUUCCUCCAGGAUCCAAGUUUCUUCACCAUGGGGAUGUGGUCGAUUGGUGCGGGGGCUGUGGGGGCUGCCACCCUGGCACUAUUGCUGGCCAACACGGACAUAUUUCUGUCUAAGCCGCAGCAAGCAACCCUGGAGUAUCUGGAAGAAAUAGACCUGAAAACACUGGAGAAGGAACCAAGGACUUUCAAAGCAAAGGAGCUCUGGGAAAAGACUGGAGCUGUGAUUAUGGCUGUGCGGAGGCCAGGCUGUUUUCUCUGUCGAGAGGAAGCUGCAGAACUGUCCUCCCUGAAGCCCAAGUUGGAUGAGCUUGGUAUCCCUCUCUAUGCAGUGGUGAAGGAGCAGAUCAAGACCGAAGUGGAGGACUUCCAGCCUUAUUUCAAGGGAAAAAUCUUCCUGGAUGAAAAGAAAAUGUUCUACGGCCCCCAAAGGCGGAAGAUGAUGUUCAUGGGAUUUGUCCGGCUAGGUGUCUGGAACAACUUCUUCCGGGCCCGGAACGGAGGCUUCUCUGGGAACCUGGAAGGUGAAGGCUUCAUCCUCGGGGGCGUUUUUGUACUGGGAUCAGGAAAGCAGGGCAUUCUUCUCGAGCACCGAGAAAAAGAAUUUGGAGAUAAAGUAAAUCCAUUUUCUGUUCUGGAAGCUGCUAAGAAGAUCAAACCACAGAUUUCAGCCUCAGAGAAAAAGUGAUUGUAUGAAAUUGCCCAGCUCCGGGGUACCUAGAGGCACUCACCUGUGUUCAUAAGAUGUUUGCAUUCGUGUCUCUAAAGGGUUGGAAACCCACUCAUGCCAUAUUCUCAGUGUAGAUCAUUAAGGUAUUCUAAUACUGUACUCUGUUUAGGCUCAGUAAGACAAAGUAGCCCCAAAGAAGACUGGUAAAAAUCUAAGAAAUGAGUGAGGGAUGUUAUAACUAAACCUGGAAAAUAUGAGGCUUAGAGUUGACUAGUGUGCCUCAUUACAAACGGACAUAGUGUUUGAGGUGCUAUUAUUUGAAAUAAGUUUUAUUUUCCUGUCUUUAAAAAUCUAAGAAAAGUUGAUGGUUGAUUAAAAGAUUAAGGAUAUAAGGUUUUUUGCUUGUGUAUUUUCUGUUAAUGAUUCACUACAUAAUGUUGAAGUAAUACUUACAUAAAGGAAUUGAUGCGCUUUGAUGUGCUUUGGAUGGCUGAUAAAGAUAGAUUAUAAAAUUAAAUCUGGUUUUUGUCUUUCAUUCUGACCUCAGAGGUUUGUUUUUCUAGAAGAAAUGGUCGUCUCUGGCUCUAAUAAAAGUAUGCAUUAGAAUUUGCCUAUAAUACAAGUUUUUCUGAUAAAGCUAACAAUAAAAUUAUUUACCAUAAUGA